AAGAAUGGAGAAUAAUCAGAUUUCGCCUUUAAUAGUAACUAUCAAAGUAGAAAUUAAAUGGACACUCAGCCAUUCCGUGAGCCAGCAGGUGGCUCUUCUCUUUUCUUAGGCUUCAACUCAAGGAAGAAGACACUUAUUGUCAUAGGACAGAAUCGAUUGGCUGCAUCGAGAGUCUACACAGCGCUCGAUGCAGACACUAGCGUCGUCGUUAUAGGCAACGCAUUAGAACAUGCAACGGAAGAAAUUCAGCAUAGAGUAGCAAAACAGCAAAUUGUCUACAUAGCGGCAACCACCGAGGAGGACAUAAAGAACGCUAUAAAGAGCGUCCUCGGAACUAGCAUUACAUUCGCAACUAUCACAGAUUCUACUCUCGACGACGUUCGAUCUGUUCAUUCUGUAGAAAGUUUGGUUGAGACAUGCAGAUCACUCAACAUACCACUCAAUGUCGCUGAUAGACCAGAAUUCUGCGAUUAUAUCUUCCCAACAUCUCAUAGAUUCACCAAGAAGGAUGGUAGUCCAUCGCCACUUCAAAUUGCCGUCACUACGAAUUCAAAAGGAUGCAGACUCGCAAGUAGGAUAAAGAGGGAGCUCAUUUCACAUCUUCCAAGUAAUAUAGGUGAUGCGGUCUCCAACGUCGGUCAGCUCCGUUCCCGUGCAAAGCAUUACCUUUCCCGUAUGAAACUCGAGAGAACGACAUCGCAAUCCAGUCUAUCAGAGGAGCUGGCAGACUUCGACAAUGUGAAUGCUGCGGUUCCACAACUAGGAAAGAAUGCGGAGGAUGCUCCAGAGAAGGCUCUAAGGAGGAUGAGGUGGGUGGCUCAGAUAUCUGAGUAUUGGCCACUCGAAUACCUCGCAAAUAUGGAUGAGGCAGCGAUAGACAGCCUCUUGGAUGCGUAUGGAGAACCUAACCAACCAUCCACGCCGACGAAUGAAAUAGAAAGCAAAGAAUGGCCAGUCUUGCAGUCUCCAAGCGAGAAGCACGCUUUUGGAAGCACAUCAUCGCGAGGACAUAUUGUUCUUGUUGGCGCUGGCUUGGGAUCCCCAGAGCUGCUGACUAUUGCAGCAUAUCGUGCUCUCAAGACGGCUGAUCUGGUCUUGUCUGACAAACUAGUACCAUCUGCUGUCCUCAAGCUCAUUCCAAGAACGACUGAAGUGAGGAUAGCUCGGAAGUUCCCUGGAAAUGCGGAGGGUGCCCAAGCUGAAUUGAUGAAUUGGGCAGUUGAAGGUGCUCAAGCUGGGAAAGUCGUCGUAAGAUUGAAGCAGGGUGAUCCAUUUGUGUACGGUCGAGGCGGUGAGGAGGUCGUGCACUUCCGUCAACAUGGCUAUGAAGCUGUCGUUGUGCCUGGUAUAUCUUCAGCAAUGUCGGCGCCUCUCAUGGCUGGCAUACCAGUCACGCAGCGUGGUGCUUCGGACUCCUACCUCCUUUGUACGGGUGUUGGUCGUGGUGGAAAAGCCCUGAGCGUACCUGCAUAUGUAAGAUCAAGAACAUUAGUUAUUCUAAUGGGCGUUGCGCGCCUUGCGGAGUUGGUUUCAAGUUUAGGUACCUUAGGAUAUCCAUCAAACGUCCCAGUUGCUAUCAUAGAACAAGCUUCGUCGCCUUCUCAAAGAGUUGUUAUGAGUACGCUGAAAGACAUCGUCUCGUCAUAUAACAUGGCCGGUGAACAACGACCACCUGGAAUGAUAGUUGUCGGUUGGACGAUCCUCUCGCUUCAGGGCAGCACAGGUGAUAUGAGCGUGUUGGAUGAUGGGGGAGAACAACAUGAUGAAGAGAGAGUACAGAAAUGGCUAAAUGGUCGAUUAUCAAUUGUUUCUGAAGGAUGUGGUAAUGCCUGGAAUGACUGGCUGAAGGAGGUUUCAAGACCAGUGAUACUGUAAUAUGAAAAGC